AGGUUGGUUCUACCCGAGCUGCAACUAGUGUGGCACCGGGUGGACCCACCUAGCACCAUAGGCUAGAUAGAAGUAGCUAGCUGUAGUUGUGCGCAGCUGUACAACGGACACUAUUCACACGCUUUUUGAGAAAUGAUUCAUCCACUCAACGGCGGCAUUUCAGUCUGUAGCACCGCCUGCUGCUUUUUGCACGUUUUUCGCCGCGUUUUGUCCCCCAUUGUCGACGUUAGCGUGCUGGUCAGUUAGCCUCGGUGAGCUAAGUAGCCAGCUUUACCUACUGUUCUAGGUGUCAAAAUUUGCAGUGACUUCAUUGGGUUGCUUGAGCAACUAACAACUUUGGGACACGUCAAGGGUUCUGCACAUUGGUGUGUGGGUUCCGGUGGGUGUCAUGUCCGAGCCCAAGACAGCCACUCCAACCCCUGCUGGAGACACAUACAAGGGAUGGGUGUUCAAGUGGACGAAUUACAUCAAGGGUUAUCAGCGGCGCUGGUUCGUCUUGAGCAAUGGCUUGUUGUCCUACUACAGGACUCAGGCGGAAAUGGGGCACACGUGCCGCGGCACCAUCAAUCUGGCGACGGCGACCAUCACGGUGGACGACGCGUGCAACUUCGUCAUCUCCAACGGCGGCGCGCAGACGUACCACCUGAAGGCCAGCUGCGAGGUGGAGCGACAGCGCUGGAUCACCGCGCUGGAGCUGGCCAAGGCCAAAGCGGCACGACUUCAACCCGAGUCGGAUGACUCAGGUGACGACUUCUCCCAGUCGCCCCCGACCGCACCUUCCGGUAAAGGCGGCGGCGGCCCGCAGAAUUCUGAAGUCCAGUCGGCGCUCCGGAUCCUGGGCAGCAAGGUGGAGGAUCUGAGCACGUGCAACGAUCUCAUCUCCAAGCACGGCUCCGCUCUCCAGAGGUCUUUGUCGGAGCUGGACAGUUUGCGUCUGACGGGAGAGGCGGGAGAUAAAAUUCGUCAGGUGACGGAGAGAGCCACGCUGUUCCGCAUCACCUCCAACGCAAUGAUCAAUGCGUGCAGAGACUUCCUGGCGCUGGCGCAGGCGCACAGCAAACGUUGGCAGAAGGCGCUGCAGGCGGAGCGGGAGCAGCGGGUGCGACUGGAGGAGACUCUGGAGCAGCUGGCCAAGCAGCACAACCACCUGGAGCGAGCCUUCCGCGGGGCCGCCGCGCAGGCCAACGCCACCGCCGACAAUAAGAGCGCCGUCGGAGCGGCAAAGGGCGAGGCCAGCGACGAGGAUGACGACAACGAGUUCUUCGACGCCGUGGAAGAAGCACCCGAGUUCAUCACCGUUCCCGCGGACCCUCACUUCCACAAGAGGUCGAGCAGUAACGCCAGCGGAUUCAAUAGUGAAAUGUGUUCAGAUGAUCAGUCGCUGAACGAGGAGCCUCUGGCCAUGAACCAGGAGUCGCCCUCGCAGGAGUUGUUGCCGCUGAAGAAGAGGCGCACGCGCAUCCCAGACAAGCCCAACUACUCCCUCAACCUGUGGAGCAUCAUGAAAAACUGCAUCGGCAAGGAGCUCUCUAAGAUUCCCAUGCCCGUGAACUUCAACGAGCCCAUUUCUAUGCUGCAGCGUCUGUCCGAGGACCUGGAGUACCACGACUUGCUGGACAAGGCGACCAAGUGCCACAGCUCGCUGGAGCAGAUGUGCUACGUGGCCGCCUUCUCCGUGUCCUCCUACUCCACCACCGUCCACCGCACGGGCAAGCCCUUCAACCCGCUGCUGGGCGAGACGUACGAGCUGGACCGCCGGCGGGAGAGCGGCUACCGCUCCCUCUGCGAGCAGGUCAGUCACCACCCGCCGGCCGCGGCCCAUCACGCCAUCUCCGAUCGAGGCUGGACUCUUAGGCAGGAAAUCACCGUCGCGAGCAAAUUUCGGGGCAAAUAUCUCUCCAUCAUGCCGUUAGGCACCAUUCACGCCAUCUUUGAGAAGGGCAACAAUCACUACACGUGGAAGAAAGUGACCACCACAGUGCACAACAUCAUAGUUGGGAAACUCUGGAUUGACCAGUCGGGAGAGAUCGACGUGGUGAACCACACCACCGGAGACCGCUGCCAUUUGAAGUUUGCGCCUUACAGUUACUUUUCCAGAGACGUGGCUAGAAAGGUGACCGGCGUGGUGAUGGACAAGGAAGGCAAGGCCCACUACGUGUUGUCGGGCACGUGGGAUGAGAAGAUGGAGUUUUCCCGAGUGAUGCAAAGCACCCGCGGCGGGGAGAACGGCUCCGAGGGCAAACAAAAGACAGUCUACCAAACCCUGAAAGCCAGAGAGGUGUGGCGGAAGAACCCUUUGCCUGAAAGCGCGGAGACCAUGUACUACUUCACCGCCUUGGCGCUCACGCUAAACGAGCCCGAGGAGCCCGUGGCGCCCACAGACAGCCGGCGCCGACCCGACCAGCGGCUCAUGGAGGACGGUCGCUGGGACGAGGCCAACAGCGAGAAGCAGCGGCUGGAAGAGAAGCAGCGCAUCGCCCGGCGCGAACGCGAGCGCGAGGCUCUCAGCCAGCGCACCUCCAGCCACGCCGAUGAAGCUGUCGAUGAGGAUUCUCUUACUGAUCCGUCACUGAAAAGCAAGUAUUCCAUCCUCUCUUGUCGUCUUCCUGCGCUCACCUCUGUCCCAGCGGGGGUUUGUGUCUCCUCCUCUAACGCCGACUGUUCGCUCUCCCUAGGCGCACCUCACGACCUCUACAAGGCACUUUGGUUCGAGCGCUGCCAGGACCGGAUCACAGGUGAGCAGGUCCACAUCUAUAAGGGCGGCUACUGGGAAGCCAAGGAGCGCGGCUGCUGGGAGGGCUGCCCAGACAUAUUUUGACCAUCCCCUCAAUCAUCUAAAGAAACGGCGGGGGGGGGGGGGGGGGGGGAGCUCUGUUUAGGUUCUCUGUUCUAAGAGACCUCAAGGACGGUGGUGGGCCCAGAAGCUUGUCGUGAGUUGUCGUGUCUCUCAAUUCUGUGCGAUCAAUCGGUGGCCUUCUUGAAGUUUAUCUGGUUUAUCUGAUUAUUUGUGUCUUAACGUGACGUUGCUUGCUGUGCGGCUGUGUGUGUGGGGUGAGUGUGCUGGUGUGUGGGGGAGGGGGGAUUCUCUAUUUCAACUGUGAUAGAAUAGUGUGCGACAUCUCUCCUCCUCGCCUUAGACAACCUAUGCUCACUUGUCAGAAAAAUGCGUGAGCGGCCUGGGCACUCGGGUUUUAAUAUGGUUGGAAGUAAAAGGAGGCCCAAGUGAUUUUUCUUUUCUGUUUUAAAAGAGAAACACUUGUUUUAUGGUGUGAAGAAUAGACACGAAGUAAAUGCAGUGCUGAUUAAAAAAGAAAAAAAUAUAUAUAUAUAUAUAUAAAUAUAUAUGCAAGCACAUUUUGACACCAAAAAAGUGUUGUCUUUUUUUUCUUGUUGUUUGUAAGUGUACUUAAUUAAGACAAAGAAUCUAAAAGCAUCUGAUUUUAUAAAUGUAUAAUAAUGUAUGGAGAACGGUGAGGCAUUUUUCUGUUGUUUCAUGUCACCAAAAAGGGAGAUUCUGUGCUCGACCCAGAGCGAAGACAUAACAUUGUGAGCGAUUUUGUAUCCAAGGUGAGGAAAUCUUUAAUAAACGCUGUAAUGUUAAACAAA